GGACAAAAGAGCUCGGUCACCACCAGCGCACUGCUGGUAGAAGGGCCGACCAACCGCGGGACCCCCAACAAUAUAUGGGUGUGAGUGGGUCACGUGGGUUAGGGCUUGUGUAGUAGCUCCAACAAACCAACUGCCAUCGCCCUCCAUCUCUUCCCCAGCUUCGAUCAAACACUCAUCCCACUUUGCUCGUCCGUGCCCUCAUCAUGACUUCUCUCCUGAGAUGGGCCAAAGCCACCUUUCGAAGAGUUCCCUCCCCUCCCGUGUGUUUUCCGACCAGCGGCUACGUAACAGUCAGUGGGUCUGAACUUGAUGAGGAACGAUUUGAAGAGUUCAAGAAAGGACGAUACUAUCCUAUCAACAUUGGGGAUGUCUUGACUUCCAGAUACCAGAUCAUCGGUAAACUGGGAUUUGGGGUUACCUCCACCGUAUGGCUCGCUCGUGAUCUCGAAGGUCAUAAAUAUGUGACAGUGAAGGUAUAUACGCGUGAUGAAGUUAAUCAGGAAGAGUUUCAGAUUUAUAAGUAUUUGAAACAAGGAAACCCGUCGCAUCCUGGUUAUGUCCAUGUGAGAAAGGCCCUAGAUGUGUUCACCAUUCCUCGUCCCGGAGGUGGCCAUCACUGUCUUGUCCAGAAACCCAUGUGGGAGAGUUUCAAGGAUCUGCUCUAUCGCAAUCCCAAUCAUCGAUUUACUGAGGACCUACUCAGGGUUGGUCUCAUGCAAGUUUUUCUUGCGCUUGACUACCUGCAUACCGAAUGCAAGCUUGUCCAUACAGACAUCAAGGGUGAUAACAUUCUUCAAGAAAUAGAGGACAGAGCGAUCCUCGAACGCUUUGCAAAAGCUGAAAUGGAGAACCCUUCACCUCGGAAGUUUAUCAACGGGAUACCAGUGUAUGCUUCCCGACGGUUUGAAUUGCCAAAGACAUUUGGCAAAGUAGUCCUGAGUGAUUUUGGUUCAGCUGUUCGAGGAGAUGAGAGAAGAAACCAUGAUGCUCAACCCAACGUUUACAGAUCUCCAGAGGUGAUGCUGAAAGCUGAAUGGAGUUACCCAAUUGAUAUAUGGAAUGUUGGCGUCAUGGUAUGUUUUUCCUCUGUAUUCUCCCACUUGAUCACACUCUUUUGAGAUUACUAAUAAGUCAGGAAAAUCAGGUCUGGGACUUGAUUGAGGGCAAGCACAUGUUCCAUGGCAAUGAUCCCGAUGGGAAAGGGUAUUCCACCCGUGCGCAUCUUGCCGAGGUGAUUGGCAUUCUAGGGCCGCCUCCCUUAGAUAUGCUCAAGCGUGGAAAACGGAGCCUUGAAUUUUUUACUGAAGAUGUGGAAGCAUGACAUAGAGAUAUCUCAAGCAAGUUUGGAAGAGUCGGAAGAGUUUCUUAGAGGAAGAAAUAAAGAAAUGUUUUUAGUUUUUAUAAGAGGAAUGCUUCAAUGGCGACCAGAAGAUAGAAAGACAGCAAGGGAACUUCUUGAAGAUUCAUGGCUAAAUGACCGGAUAGACUAGCUCACUAGUAACUAUUUUAAUAAAUGCUACUGAUAAUAGGUUUC